UAGUUCUCAAUCUCCUUUGCCAUUGGAUUGGCUAUCACCGCAAUAUGGAGGGAUCUAGUCAACUAUUGCCUGAACAGGCUCAGGCCAAGGCUGGUCAGCUUGCGACGGGCAAUCCACCAGAUACCAAACCGCGUCUCAUGCUAAUGGGUCUCCGUCGGAGCGGCAAAUCUUCUAUCGCCAGCGUUGUGUUUCACAAGAUGCCACCGAAUGAAACGCUGUUCCUCGAGUCAACCACACGGAUCCAAAAAGAUUCAAUUCACUCGUUCAUGGAUUUUCAGGUCUGGGAUUUCCCAGGACAGCUGGAAUAUACGGAGCCAUCUUUUGAUCUCGAAAACAUCUUCGGAGGUCUUGGGGCUCUGGUCUGGGUCAUUGAUGCUCAGGACGACUACCUGGACUCUGUUUCACGUCUCAACCGUACCAUUCUCUGCCUCCAGCAGCUCUAUCCCGCCGUAAACAUCGAAGUCUUCAUUCACAAAGUGGACGGGCUGUCCGACGAAUACCGCACAGACACCUUCCAGGACAUCGUGCAGCUGAUCUCUGACGAGCUCAGCGAUGCCGGAUAUGAGAAUGCUCCGGUUCACUACUAUCUAACCUCUAUCUACGACUACUCAGUCUUUGAGGCCUUCAGCAAAGUCAUCCAAAAGCUCAUUCCGAAUCUCUCGACCAUGGAGAACCUGAUCAACACUCUUGCCAACAAUUGUGGCUUCGAGAAGACUUAUCUAUUUGAUGUCUUGAGCAAAAUCUAUAUUGCGUCUGACACUCGUCCCGUGGACAUGUCGUGUUACGAGAUGUGCUCGGACUACAUCGAUGUGAUUGUGGAUGUAUCUGAGCUGUACUCCUAUGAUAAUCCAGGUCGCAAAAGCAAAGGCGAGCAGAACCAGGAGGCGGAAAGCCAUGUGGUUCUGCAUGAUGAAACGAUGAUCCAUCUGAUGGAGAUGAACAAAUACCUGUGCCUUGUGUCGGUAAUCCGCAAUCCAGAGUCCAAGAGCAAGAAAGGUCUAAUCGACAUGAACUGCCGCACCUUUCAAGAGGCCCUUAAUGACGUGUUCUCUCGCAGCUGGGAGCAGGGUCAGGGACAGGAGCAAGUGUAAGUCGAUAUGUUGGAAGGAGGCUCGUGUGUAUAAAGUUGAG